ACCACCACCGUUAUUUAGAAAAGGUAAUAAAUAGUUGAACUCUUGUUUUGUAAACAAACCAUCAUCCAUUCUUCUAUAUUGCCCGCAAACUCAAUGACAGCAUCAAACGAAGGGCACAAAGGUAGUACCUAGUUGGGUUGUUAUUAGAUACAAACCUUAUCCUUAUUGAACUAUAUCUGUAUCUUUAAGAAAAUGCUGAUAGUACAUUGACAAAAAAACCAAAGCAAUAUCGCAUCUUACAAUUAAGCGAACCACAAAUCACGGAAGUGACGAAUAUACCCAACGUCGAUAUUGUUUUGAUGAGGAAAUUUUUACCACAGUUGACUCAUCUCGUAUUGGAAGCAGAUAGUAACCAGCUAGCCAAGAAUGAUGCAAAAUAUCGAAUUGCGCUGUUAUAUGGCUGUUACAUCGUGAAUCAAAACUGGUUGAAGAUUUCAAUUGAGAAGGGAGAGAUGGUACCUGAGGAACGAUUUGAAAUACAAGGUGACAUGGAUCAUGGAAGAACAGGUGCACCAAGUAAAGCGAGACGAAAUAGGGAGCUAAAAAAACAGAAUUUAUUCUUUGGGAUCAAAGUGGGAUUAGUAAACGAUACCCAGGACUUGUACCGCAAAUACAUAACCGUAGGAAGAGGGGAAAUAGGUGAUGAAUACGACGAUUUAAUUGUUUGUGGCAGCACGCAUUUUACAGAUGAGGAGAUAGCAGAACUAAAAAACACCUAUCCUACAAAGUAUCUUAUAUCACAUAAAUGGGUUGACGACUGUAUAUGCAACUACGAAAUCAUCAAAAAAGAUAGUUACUUGCUUUAAAGUGAAAUUUUUAUCUUCAUUUGUAAUCACAAUAAUUACUGAAUAAAAUGUGCCUUUUGUGGGCUUCCUUUCCUUU